UCAGGUGGAUUAGAUUUUAGAACGUUGGCCCCGACCGGCGCACCUUUUUUAAAUUCCCAGUAUCAAAGAGCUUCCCUCAUAAACUAGCCGUUACCCUCGCCACUCUGCUCUGCUUCUUUCUCUCUCCUGUUGCUUUUCUCCCAUGGCAGCUUCCAUUGAUACUUCAUCACCAACUCAUCUCACCAAGGAGCCCACAAGUCUGAUGGCUUCUUCAUCUCCUCUCUUCAGCCCUGCUUCAGACAAGCGUUUUUGGAGCACCUUGCGUAGCCGGGUCGAUGCACUCAUCGAUGAUCGGAAUGCCAAGAUCUCCAUUGUCCAAAAUGUUGAUCCGUCUUUGCCUACACAGAUUAAUUCUGGAGAAUCCGAUAGAGCUAAGCGAUUGAAGGAGGAUUCAUUGCUUUUGCUUAGAGGAUUUGAUUCCAUCUCACAAACUCUCUCUCAGCUAUCAAACAAUCUAGAUAAUGCUCUUCAGGGAGCUAGAGAGCUGUCUAAACCUCCCACAUUGACCGAUAUAUUUCAUAGUAACCUGAAGAAUUCGGAGUCCAAAGAGGUAGUUCCAAAACAAAAAGGAAUCGAACAAGACAGUAAGAUAGGUAUGAAGAGGAAAUUUGAUUCCAGUGAAUGCUCAGAUGAGAAGAAAGGAGAUGAUUCAGAAAAGGAGAAUGGCCAAAGUUCCCAAAAUAAGAAGAUGAUGAAGAAAGCCAAAAAUCUAGCAAUUUCAAUGGCUACCAAAGCAGCUUCACUUGCCAGAGAGUUGAAUUCCAUAAAAUCGGAUUUGUGUUUUAUACAAGAGCGUUGUGGUUUGCUUGAGGAAGAGAACAAAAGGCUUCGAGAUGGAUUCAGUAAGGGGAUCCGACCUGAGGAAGAUGAUCUUGUGAGGCUUCAAUUGGAAGUACUGCUCGCAGAGAAAUCCAGACUGGCAAAUGAAAAUGCAAAUCUGGUUAGGGAAAACCAGUGCCUUCACCAGCUGGUAGAGUACCAUCAAAUGACCUCCCAAGAUCUAUCUGCAUCGUAUGAGGAAGUGAUUAGAGGAAUGUGCUUGGAUUUUUCACCUCCCAUAGCAGAAGAAGAAGAAGAAAGAAGAAGAGGAAAUCAAUGGAGAUUGUGAUGAUGCUGAUGAUAGACCUUGAAGGGAUAUCUUUGGCUUACCCACGUCUCUUGAUGAGUACUUUGAUGAAGAGCAGCAGCAUUAGGUCACACGUAAACCAAAUGAAGCAAUAAGCAAUAAUUUUGUUAAUUAAUAUGUUCUGUAACAAGCAAACGCCAUCAAAAUCUACUAAGAUUUAUCUAGUAUGAGGUCUAUUUACUAGUACGAAGUUUCAUUAUUGAAGUAAAGGCUUGAAGAAAAAUUCACUGCUGUUUCAGUUGCUGCUGUUAG